AUGUCAGCCACGCUUUUCAAGGCGACAGUCAAUGAGUACUUAGAGGACCUUCCUCCUCAAGUCCAGUCGAGGUUGUAUGCGUCACCUGCAACAUGUUUGGCCAUAUACAGAUUGCUCCCAAAACUAGCGAAGUUCUUUAUCAUGUCUAUGGUAUUUAAUGAGAGUGAUAUUUCUCUCCGAGAUUUGGACCGGUGGGUCAAAUCUGAAGGUAAGUUUCAAUUUAAUGAGGCUAUAAAAUCUAUGAAAUCACUGCAUUUGUUGAUAGAGGGUAAGACGGGGCAGCCCUUUAUGAUCAACCUCAACCCCAUCUUCAGGUCUAGUUUCCGUAAUGCACUUACCGGUGGAGAAGUUAAUAAUUCAUUCGGUAAUGUCAUUGAUAGUGAAAGCGAUAUUGUUUCAAUGGCGAUGUUGGAUCAGUACGCAGCAGAUAAAUGGGAAACAAUUCUUCAUUUCAUGGUGGGGACGCCUUUGACGAAAACGCCUUCCCGUAAUGUUUUAAAUUUAUUGACCCAUAGCAAACUUAUGGAGAAUAGUUCUUCAGGAGAAUUGCAAAUUACUAAUGAAGGUUUCCAGUUUCUUCUACAAGACGUCAAUGCUCAAAUUUGGACAUUAUUAUUACAGUAUUUGAGAAUGGCCGAAACGUUACAAAUGGAUCCAGUUGACGUCCUGAAUUUCAUAUUCAUGCUAGGUGCCCUUGAAUUAGGUAAAGCAUAUUCUGACGUUGGUCUAAGUGAAACUCAGAAGGUCAUGCUACAAGAUAUGAGGGAUUAUGGGCUGGUUUUUCAGAAGGCAUCGAACGCGAAGAAAUUCUAUCCAACCAGACUGGCCACUAUGUUAACCUCUGAUACAAUGAACAUUCGAACGGCUUCUGGUGCAAUGAACAGUGUAUUGAAACAGGGAAAUAGCGUGAAAGAAGACGCAAGUGCGGCCCUCGCGGCGGAGGAGGAGGCAGCUCAGGUCGGAGGGACAACUCAAAAUAUUCCAGAUGGUGCUUUAAUUUUAGAAACAAAUUUCAAACUUUAUUCUUAUUCGAAUUCGCCGUUGCAGAUUGCCAUACUGAGUUUGUUUGUCCAUCUUAAGUCUCGGUUCACCAAUAUGGUCACCGGUCAAAUCACGAGGGAAUCAAUCAGGAGGGCCUUGUAUAAUGGUAUCACCGCUGACCAAAUCAUCGCAUACCUCGAGACACAUGCGCAUCCGCAGAUGAGGCGUCUCGCUGAAAUAAACCUGGAGAAGAAAUUAGAACUGGACCAGAACUGCAAAGACGGCCUUCAAAUCUUACCCCCAACUGUUGUUGAUCAAAUCAAGUUAUGGCAGUUGGAGCUCGACAGAAUUAUAAGUUAUGAUGGUUACCUAUUCUCAGAUUUCGAAGAUUUCCACGAAUAUCAUCUACUGAGCACGUACGCCAGCGAUAUUGGUGUUUUAUUGUGGAAAGAUGAAAAGAAAAGGAGGUUUUUUGUCUCUCAAGAAGGUAACGCACAGGUCAUCGAUUAUGCCAAGAGGAAGUUGAAGAAGAAAUAG